UAUGGAUGACAGGAAAUGUUUUGCAUUAUAAAAUAAAUGCCAAAUCGAAAUUUAAUGUAAUAUUAUUAUUUAUCAUUAGUUUAAAAUAAAUAUAUACAGUAGGAAUCUCUAAAACAUAGCUGGAAUACAAAAAAACGUGCUAGUUUUAUCUGCUUCGUAAUUGUAACAAUGUUUUUAACAAAUCUGAAUUAUUAACCAAAAAGUGUGAAAAUAUGAAUUUUGAACAUAGAGUUCUUGUGAUAUUGAAAUUCGGAGUACUAUAAUAUCUGUCAUAUUAAAUUUUAAUAAUCAAUUGAAUAAACUCGAACGCCAUGACAUCAGAAGCACUAGCGUCACUCACAGCAACCUAUACUGAUUCAGAAGGUGAGGAAGAUAUUAUUGAAGAUGAACAGACACCAGAGAAGGAAGAGCCUAAGGUUAUACACUCGGCACCAGCCAGUCCAAAGAAGCCGGAUGAGAGUAAUAAACCGGCGUCUGCACCUGUGUCACCGAAAAGAAGGUUAGUAUCUUAUGUGGACGACACUAUAGUCUCUGAUGAGGAACCUAUGUCUCCCGCGGCUGACAAUCAGGACGACAUGCGCCGCCUGUCCAUGGAAACAGAUACAGACGAGGCUGUACCGAGAUCUGACCCAGACGAUUCACAAGAUGGACUCAGUAUACCCCCAGAACCAGCCGGAAAGUGUCCUAAAGAAUUACAAGAAACAAUAGCUAGGUACUAUAGUAGAAUGCUGAAUGAGGGACUAGAUAUGAAUAAAAUGAUUCAGGACAAAAAGAACUUCAGGAAUCCUAGUAUUUAUGAGAAAUUAAUACAAUACUGUGAUAUAAAUGAGCUAGACACGAAUUACCCGCCUGAAAUUUAUGAUCCAUUGAAAUGGGGGAAGGAGUCUUAUUAUGAUGAAUUGGCGCGUGUACAGAAAGUGGAGAUGGACCGACGAGAGAAAGAAAAGAAAGAAAAGUUAGCUAAGAUAGAUUUUAUAACAGGGGUAGCUAAGAAACCGGAGAGUGAUGAUGAGAAGAAGAGGAAGUCGAAGUGGGACCAGGCGGCACCGAACAUGGGCUCCAAGCCAACUAUCAAGCAGCCGGGCCUGGUGCAGCAGCCUCUCACCAGCAAUGUCACUGGGACUAAAGGCACCAUCAUUUCAGCAUUUGGUUCACUGCCAAAGAAACCUAAAAUUUGACUAGAAAAGAGUAAAAGUAAAUCUGUAUUGAGUAAAUAAGUUGUAAAUUAUAGUAAGUAUAUAUCUUACAGUGUUUUAUUUAUGGAUUUAAUCCAUAUUAUUUAAUAAUCACCUAAGAACAUUUUAACAUGUAUGGUUUAUACAGUAUACCACU